AUGCCUACAGCUGUCUGGGACCGUCUUUCAAGAGAUACAUACAUUGACUGGCCUACCGUGCUAUUAACGCAUCGAAGUCGGAAACGAAGAGAAACCGCAAUGCAGCUUGCAUCUGCUUGGCGGAUAGCCUACCAAGACACGGCGAGGAUAAAGUUCCCCUCAGGGAGGGAAGCGGAUGCCAAAAAAGCUGAGAGCUGGGUCGCGAGCCAGCUCAAAGCUCGGAGGAAAGCCAUUCAAAAGCAUAACUCAUACCUACCAAUUUGGGUGGAGCCUGUGCUUGCACUAUCCUUCAUCCCGGUUUGGGUAUUCAGUAUGGAUUGCAUACGGCGUAUGGCUGGCGACAAGCGGACGGUGACUUCGCUCUUCUUCAGGGCCGAUGGCAGCACCAUCGAUCCCAAUAUUGUGCCCAUGGAACCAGGCUUCCAGACCGAAACCCUGUGGUGGAUACCCAAUCUGGCCUCGCCCGACCACCUCUGGAUUCUCCCCAUUACAUAUGGGGUCUUGGCAACCUUCAGUGUAUGGACAAGGGUGAGGGAAGCUGCCAAACGAGAGACAGACACGAGCUCCUUGAACGGCGAUGCCGAAAGAUUGAAGGUUUUUUCUGCAAAUUUGUCCAAGACUUUAUCGUAUAUCCUGACGGCGAUGCCUACCGUCUUUACUUAUCUGAUCAUCCGGAGCGACUUGUCUACAGCUGUGGUUCUGUACCUUAUCGGGACAACAACAACACAGCUUGUUCAACGGCCUUUACUGGCCCGUGUUCUUGGAACCGCGAAGCGCUUUCCACUUUUGAAAGCAAAACAAGCCAAACCAAAAGGACAAGUGGAGAAGUGA